GGAAUGUUUAUUAUUCGAUCCACACUUAAUAUUCUUAUUGAAUCAAAGAAGUUAACAUAUAAAAUGACCAAACCUCAGAAUCCUGAAGAGUAUCUUAGUGAAGUGCUUGUUCCCGAAACCGCAGUUAGACUAAUUGCUCAAGAUCGACAAAUUGGAUUAGAAGAAGCAAAAAAAGUAAUGGCAGAUAGCGCAGAGUUUGGGAUGUAUGUACAUGAUAUAGAAUUGGAAGAUUUAGAAUUAAAAUAG